AUGGCACAGUGCACCCGUUCGUUUAGGGACAUGUACAACAUGGUCUUGAAGGCGCCCUUGUUGGUAUUCUUUGUUUGGACCGACAAUGUUAUUCCAGGGAUUGUUCCAAAGGGUGACAAGGAUUGCGAAAGGUGGCACCCGACUGUUCGCGACGGAUCAGCUCAAAGGGACCACGGAAAGCGCAGUGUUGGGUUCAAGUCUCCGCCCGUCUUCCGGAUCCGAGGGGCCAAACAUCCCCCUCAAUCUAUUCAUCAUCGGGAUGACAAUAAUCUCACUUUCUUGUUCGCCUUACGGAGAUUCCUAUCCCUAUUUUCCCUCCAUGUUCAAAGGACAACUCUCGGUACUGGAGAUGUGGAAUCUGCGAUAGACCCCCAGUUCGUUGUGGCUGCGCCAUCCACCAGCCUUCUGAUCGCCAAUCCUCCCGCAGUCCCCAUUGUCUCUUCAGCUCGGCAGUGUCUCACGAAUAAGAUAGGGAGAACACUAAACCCGGACUGGGAUGACAAUUUUCAGCAGAUUGCGUACGCCGUCUCUAUCCAUCCCUGUCUGCCUCGUGCAAAACCCAGAGAAUUGCCUGUCAACAAUGAGCCCCCAAACAUAUCACCUGACCACGAUUUGACGGACUCCUGUGGGUUCAAGUUGCCUUGCCAUGCCGUAUCGGGUUACGGUUCAGGUACACCCGCACUGGACCGUACUUUCCUGGUUCUCGCCAUUCACUAUCCAUCUCCAAAUGAUAACGCCCGUCGUCCAAUAAACAGCAGAAAUGCGGGAAGAAUGGGCUUCAGGCAUCGUAUGUCGUCCAUGUGUUUUGGCCCCGAAAUGAAGGUGGGCCUACGGUCCAGCUAG